GAGUAGCCGGGAAAGGGACAGAGCGCAGGCGCCGCCGCGGACUGGAGAGGCGAGGCAGGGCGAGAGCCGAUAGGGGCAGAGCUGGCUCCGGCAUCUCCAGCAGCAGCAGCAGCGCCGCUUCUCCGCCGUGGACGCGCGCCCUUGCCCGGCCACCGACCGCAGGCUGCGCCCCGCUCGGGCAGCCCCCCCCCCCUCUGCAGAGCGCCGAGAUCACAGCCUGCCAGACGGGCCAAGGCGACCGGUCGCCCCGAGCCGACGCAGCCGCGCCCGCUUGCCCCCCGCCUCCGUCCUGCCCUCUCCCCGGAGCCAGGCACCAUGUCCGCGGGAGGAGACUUCGGCAACCCGCUGAGGAAAUUCAAGCUGGUCUUCCUCGGGGAGCAAAGCGUUGGGAAGACAUCGCUGAUCACAAGGUUUAUGUAUGACAGCUUUGACAACACAUACCAGGCUACAAUUGGAAUUGACUUCUUAUCUAAAACCAUGUACUUGGAAGACCGGACAGUGCGGUUGCAGCUCUGGGACACGGCCGGCCAGGAGAGAUUCCGAAGCUUGAUCCCCAGUUACAUUCGAGACUCAACAGUAGCCGUGGUGGUCUAUGACAUCACAAAUCUCAACUCCUUCCAGCAGACAUCCAAAUGGAUUGAUGAUGUCAGAACAGAAAGAGGAAGUGAUGUCAUCAUCAUGUUAGUGGGCAACAAAACAGACCUUGCCGAUAAGAGGCAGAUAACAAUUGAAGAAGGGGAACAGAGAGCUAAAGAACUGAAUGUCAUGUUUAUUGAGACAAGUGCGAAGACAGGAUACAAUGUAAAACAGCUCUUCCGACGCGUCGCCUCUGCUCUGCCAGGCAUGGAGAGUGUCCAAGAGAAGAGCAAAGAAGGGAUGAUUGACAUUAAAUUGGACAAACCACAGGAACCACCACCCAGUGAAGGCGGGUGCUCUUGUUAAUGCAAAGCGCAGGAUUCGUCAGCUCCAUUUGACACCACACGCUUGUUGUGUUGCUUCCUAUUGGUUAGCUUC